CGUAUGGCCAUUACGUCCUGCGUUAGAUGUUUGGUGCUAGUCUCCAGGCAUGAUGUCCUUGAGUCAUGCGUGCUCACGGCCUCCCCCCUGCAUGCUAGUGUCCAGGAUGUGUUGUGUAUUCCUACUGGCGUAUGGCCAUUACGUCCUGCGUUAGAUUAUCAGAAUACUUUUAUACCUACUGGCGUACGGCCAUUACGUCCUGCGUUAGAUGUAUGGAAACAGUCUCCAGGCAUGAUGUCCUUGAGUCAUGCGUGCUCACGGCCUUCCCCCUGCAUGCUGUUUUCCA